CGUAAUAUAUCAUUUCCAGAAUCAAAGGUUCCAAACGAACCCUUAAGGUUGGACAUUCAUCGAUUCAGACUAGAACCAUCGAGAUGAGACUGGAUCAAAAUAAAGUAAAAUUGAGGCAUAAUCAAAAGUAUGGUUGGUUCAUUUGGUUCAAAUUCAGUUUUCUUUAAGAAAACAUGAUAUUCAGUGAGUUAUUUUCAAACUAUCGAUCUAUUUCAAAUCCUUACAAUUGUUUUGCUUUAUCUCGUUUAGAUUGACCCACUUCACGAUCUGAACCAUUAGAUCGUGCUAUAACCGAAAUAAGACGAAUACACAUCACAAUCACACUUUUUAUUAUUAUUAUUAUUUAGUGUCGUGUGUACACCACAGUCCAAUAACUAAUAAGAUAAUUAACAAGGGGUAAACGUUGCUUAACCCUACCAAUUGGGUAAGUGGGCAAAUUGCAUUUUGCGUUGGUCCAACUGCGAGGUACGGGAACCGUUGGGAAGGUUCAAGCGUCUCAUCAAAUCUAUCAUUACCAUUUUUUUUCAAAUAUAAUAAUUCAGAUGAAAACAACCAAAUCCGUCAGUCUAGGGGCGGCAAUGGAAAACCCAGAAUAUAAUACUGCUCUCAACAGUGGCGAGUGGCGACGUUUCGAGCUGUGAAUUGGCGGAUUUGGAGCUUCCUCAACCGACUGGGUUCUAUUGCAGGCCGUUGCGGAGUCAGAGGGGACCUUUGCCCCUCGUGAGCUGCCAGCCUUUCUUUGCCCACCAUCUCCCAGACGCCAACCAAAACCCCACACUCCCCAAAAAGGGCCAAAACCCUUCUCUAUUUCCGUUUCUAUAUAAAAAGGGGGUUCCUUUCUUGCAUUUUGUCUUCCCUCACAUCCUCCGCCAACCACCCUGCUGCCUCUGCCUGCCUGCCUGCACUUUUCCGCCGCUUCCUCCCUCGUCAACUUCACUGCUCGGUGAGCGUUUCCCACUCAACCCUCACAUCUCUAUUCUCUCUUUCACUUUUCCUGAUUUAGAUGCGUUUCGUUUCUGUGAUCUGUGGAUGGGUUUUGUUUAUUAUCUUCGAACGUUGCGAAUGGUGUGUGAUCUGUUUGGUCGAUAGUGUUUGGGUUGGUGUAAAGUCUCGAUCUUUCUGGAUUUUGAUGUUUACUCAUUGAGGAAUUUCAGCAAACACGUGAGAUGCAUAGGGAGUACUAUAGAUAUGGUGAGAUCAGAGCUGGCUGGUUACCGAAGUCAGCAUAUGUUGUUGAUAGAGUUCUCCUUUGUGGCCUUGGAUUAAGUUAAGCUGUCAAGAGCUGGGGACCUAAAAAUCCCUUGUUGCUUCCGUUGUUCGUGAAAGAUGUGUAUGCUUUGUUUUUAUCGAAAUCUUUGGAUCUCAGUGUUUAAAAAGGGAGAUGAUUGAUGUUUUAGCAAUGUUAAUGGCCUUGUUUAUCCCUCUCCCAGAGCUGGUAUAGAUUAAUCUACUUUGGAGAGAUGUAAAGGUUUUUAUCUUCGAUUUUCUGCUUUGUAAUUCUUUGUGCUGGAGCAUCGAGUGAAGAGCAUAGAGCCCCUUUACGCUCGCUUCUUCUCAUCAUGCUCCAAACAUCAACUGCCUUCUUAGCUCUUAAUGGACAUUGAGGUCCCAUUCUUAUGUCUAUCCUGAGAAAGCAUACAUGCAAAUGCAAUUAGCAUAGGAGCAUUCUGUUGUCAAGAUGUAACCAACAUUUUCCCGUAUUGUUGAUUUGAGUCUAGUUUCUGCAUGAGAAGUAACUCAUUUCGGUUUCUAUGUAUCCCACUCGCAGAAUUGAAGAUGGCGACAGCGACAGUUCCCUCCCAAACUGUCCUGGCACCCGGGAUCCAGAAAAGACUCACAAGCACCAUAUUCAAGAGCCCUAAUGCUCUCGGUUCAGUCAGGAACAUUUCCAAGUCAUUCGGCUUAAAAUGUAGCCCCAAUUUCAAAGCAUCCAUGGCUGUUUACAAGGUGAAGCUGAUCGGCCCGAACGGUGAAGAGAGCGAGUUUGACGCUCCCGACGACACGUACAUCCUGGACGCUGCAGAGGAGGCAGGAGUCGACCUGCCCUAUUCGUGCAGGGCAGGGGCUUGCUGCACUUGUGCGGGGAAGCUGGAGUCAGGCUCGGUGGACCAGUCGGAUGGUUCGUUCCUCGACGACAAUCAGAUGAAGCAAGGCUACGUCCUGACUUGUGUCUCUUACCCUACUUCUGACUGUGUGAUACAUACUCACCAGGAAGAAUCUCUUCUGUGAGAAGAGAAGUGAAGGGAGUUGAGAGAUCUGGAAUCAAGUUUCAGGGAUUGAAGUAGGUCUUUGGAGUUUGGUAUUUGUGUCUAGAAUAUGUAGCAGCUGUAAUGGUUUAAUGGUGUUAAGAGUUGUCAGGUGGAUUGUGUUUCGCAGCUUGUAAAGGCGCACAUAAUAAUUGUUGUCAAUCCAACUGCGCUAUUGCUAAGAGUUGCUCUUGGAAUUCUUGUGUGCCCUGUUCAGCUCUUUUCCGCCAUGCAUUGUUCUUAGCUUGGAUGUUGUUGUCUUCACUUUUCUCUGAUAGUGAAGGCAGAAGGCAAUGAAGUCGUGUUUCAGGUAUAUCUCUUCUGUCACCAUUAAUCACUGAGAGUAAGGCUAAGGCAGGAAACUGUAGGACAAAUGACCAUGGACUCCAUAGACGUGGUGGUGUCCAAACAAUGGUAGAUAAUGAUCUUGGUGAUUGUUGGAAAAUUGGCUGGAAAUACGAACCAAGACCAUGAGAUUCAUCACUUAUUAAAGCGGCUCCAUAAGGGCCAAAAACAGUCCCAAAAUGGCUGGCUCAGACCUCAGUGAUCAAUCAUGAAUAUAAUUAGUAGCUAGUCAUUAGUUUGACUCGUCAAUUUUGGGGACUGGAAAAAUGUGCACAUGAUACAAUACCAGAUUCAUUCACAUGUAUACCGAAAAAAUGUUGGUAAGUCAAAGCAGUCAACAAACUGAUGCCAAAGGGGAAACAAAAUCAAAGGUAUUGGAAUUGUUUGAAAAAAAAUUGUAAUUAGGUCAUCUAAUUUGAUCAAAGGAUGAAACAUUGUAAUCAUGUCCUAUAAUUUCGGCAUAAUUAUUAUUGUGUUUAUUUUGGAUACUGGGGUUAUUAUUAUUCUUGUUUGUGAAGUAAUUGUCUAUGAGUCGGAUUUUAGGAAUAGUUUACCAUGUUUGAGAGGGAAAGGGUUAUGGGAAUUUUCCUAUAAAUAUGUACUUUACUUCUAUGUUUUAUCUAUCGAAGAAGAAUAAAUCCUAGUAUAUUCAGUUUUCUUUAGUUUUCGUAUUUCAAGUUCACGACAUGUGAGGCUGUCACGCGCGUCAGGGUAUCUGCUCACCUGUGUGUAGGGCUGCAAAUGAGCCAAGACGAGCCGAGUUUUACCAUAGGUUGAGCUUAGCUCGUUAAUAAACGAGUUGAGCUCGAGCUCGGCUCAUUUAUUAACGAGCCGAUUCGAGUCGAGUUCAAACUAGUUUGGUUACUAAAAUCUUGAAUCGUAUUUGAUAUAUUCAUUUUGUAUAUAAUGUAUGAUAUAUGUGAUUAAUGUUAAGAUAAAAAAAUAAUAGUUAAUAAAUUUUAACUAAUCAA